UGCUUGUUUGUUCAUUGAAACAUAAGAAAAAUAUUUACAUAAUUUUUAGCGAUUAAUUCGAUGAAUCCCGAAAAAAAUGCCAGUUAUUUGGCUGUUGUUUUGUACAUCGUGUACCACCACACUGUGUACAGCGUUCAUGACGCCUGUGACGUGAUGCAAAACAUCGGAAACCAAGCUCGAAUGAAGGCUUCAUGAUUUGGCUAUGUUGCUGGUGGAAAGCCAGCAAGUCUAUUGAGUGAUUUGAAAUUACUGUAUUAAUUUCAAAGCCAUGGAAGGAGGUUAUACUACAAGAUCUGGGCGAUCGACGGGCAAAAGUAGGGGUGUUGGUCGAGGGAAAAAUUCGACCAAAACUGAGGCUUCUAAAAGUUCCCGUUCUUCAAAGAGGAAUAAGGUGCAUGAGUCCAAGGAAGAAAUUGAGCCUGCCAAGCCACCUGCUGAGAGCACAAAGCCUGCUGCUCAACCCAUUGUGGAGGAGUUCAAAAAAACAGAGUAUGACCAGGACUGUGAUAUAUCAUCUCUUGAGGCGCCCACGUUCACAACCUUGGACCGAGGGCCCCCAGCCCCCAUGUUGUCCCUGACAUGGGAUCAUCCUGUGCAGCUCAUUGGCGAGAAAGUUAUGAGCCCUCGCAUCCACAUAUGUGAUAACUGCCAGAAGCCCAUCCUCAUAUAUGGCAGAAUGAUACCCUGCAAACAUGUGUUCUGCUUGUAUUGCGCUCAGUCUGAACUGAAUGGCGUUUGUUCUCACUGUGACGAACUGAUGGACAGAGUAGAGCAAGCAGGACUGGGCACUGUCUUCAUGUGCACUUUCUCAAAUGGCGAUGUACCUUGCAAGCGAACCUACCUCUCUCAGCGAGACUUGCAGGCUCACAUUGACCACCGCCACCUGAAGCAGUCAACGAUCACUUCUCGAAGAGAGGAGCCUCCAUCUUCUGAGCGCUUCAACGCUCGCGAUCCUAGAGGAGAUCCUCGUUGCCACUCAACAGAUCCUCGUGCGCCCACCACCACAUCUUCGUCUGCUGCCGCCCCUGCCAACCACAUCCCUGUGAUGACGUCAGCACGUUCCAAUAACCUCAUCACCGUUCCUAUUGACGGCACACUCGAGCACCAUUCCCAGCAGCCACCACUUCCUCACGCACAACACCAAGUGCCUCAACAAGCCCCUCCUCCUCACCACCCUCCUCCUGUGUCCAUGUCUCUCCCUCCUCCCACUCCGCAGAGUUUCCAUUUGAAUACCAUGCCACCACACUCGCUCCAUGCCUCUUCGCAGCACCAACCUCCUGCUCCUCGACCAUCUAUCAUUACGCCUUCCUUCAAUAGUCCUCCUCCUAAUUUCCUAUCGAACUUUUCUUCUGUGCCUGGUGUAUCUCACAAUCAACCUCCGCCACCACUGUUCCCUCCCACCUCCGUACCCUCUACUGCCGCAUCUGGGUUCCCCCUUAUAGGAUUCACGUCCCAUGAUGCAGCUUCUACUUGUCAACCAAUGACUUUCCCGCCCUUGACAAGCGCUCCUCCUCACUUCUCUGCUUCCGCCAUGCCUCACCCUCCGCCUCACAUGCGUCCUCCAACGCAGCCGCACAUGACCUCUCAUUCCCAGCCCCAUGGUCUCUCGUACUCGCAGUCUCAUAUCAAUUCUCAUUCUCAACCUCACAUGUCAUCAAAUUCGCAUCUGCAUGUGGCCAUGCACUCCCAGCCCCAGGGGCUCUCACACACCCAGCCUCAAAUGACCUCUCAUUCUUUGCCACAUCAAGGCUCUCACAUUACCGCCCCACCACCUCCUAUGGCCCCACACCCUCCUUUGCAAUCCACCUUCAGAGCAGGUUUGUAUGACUGGCCACACAAUCACCCGCCACACACUUCUCACCUGCAGCACUCCUCUCACCCGCCUCCUCCCCACUCCUCUCGUCCACCCCCACAAUCAAACCACCCGCCAUCCAUUCCCCAACACUCCAAUCACCAGCAGCCGCCUCCGCCCCAGCCUCCCACAAGCGAAUAUUUCUGAUCUUCUAAGAGCAAGAUUCUCGCGUCUAAGAUCUAGCCUGUGGACAAUUACGAGGUUAUCGGUCGGGCCAGGUCGGCUGUUUACCAUGUAUGAAGGCGUGUCGUGCGAUCGUGUCCAGGUGUCCAUGUAUAUAAUUACGUGUAUGCCCAGCAUGCCCAGGGUUCCGCUAUAUAUGAAGACUUACCGUCGUGCGUUCAUGUCCAGCAGGUAUCUACCAUGUUUUGUAACUUGUCGCGAGCAAACGAAUUCCCGAUGAUACUAUAUUGGCAUGCUGCUUGUUGGCUAACCAUGUGAAUUGUUAACCUUACCCCAAGUUUUGAGGAUUUCUAGUUACUGACAGUAAAUUUUUCGAACAGC